CUUUCUCUCAAUCUCCUGCUAUGGCCCCGACCACGACUGCUACUCCGCCCGGUCUCCAGGAGGCGACACGAAACUCGACCACCAACUGGCAGGACGACCUCCAGGCUCUGUUCGAUCACGCGAAGGAACGCUUCGCGGACGUCGUCUGGGAGCUUCAGAGCGAAGCUAGUGCUGGAGCAGAAGAGGUCUGGGGCCAUAAAGCUGUGGUGUACGCUCGCGCACCACCAUCUUUCCAAGCGCGGUACUUCUCGUUCAAGCCUCCGCCCGCUGCAUCCCCUCUUCCCUACUCUUCUUCUCCGACGGGCACGCUUCCUGCCCAGUCUGCCCUCUCCUUAAAUCUUGGUCUCGGCGUCGACUUCUCCUCCCCCUCCCGCUCCCCUUCUCCGGCCGCCUACCGCUCGAGCUCCCCUGCUCCAUCCACGAACACCGGCGCGCUCCUCCGCAUUCCCACCACCAUCAACUCGACGCUCUUCUCAAAUGAGCUCGAAUACCUAUAUACCGGCAAGGGUCUCGGCUCCGCCUUUGAAUUUCUCUUCGAUUCCACGGAUGGUGCAGAAGGCGGCGAUACCGACGAGGGCAGGGUAGACAAGCUACGAAAAGACUUCGUCUUCAUGUGGCGCUCUCGCCUGUACUCUGACGUCCGCAUCGCCCUUACCGGCGUAUUCUCCUCCACAAACCACGAGAGCACCACCGCUAUCUUCUCAUCCCACCGCUUCAUCCUCGUCUCCCGCGUCCCGUACUUCAACACCCAGCUCCUCCAAUGGGGCGUCAAGCACACUCCCGGCGAGCCUUUGACCCUCAACCUCCCCUCGCCUCCGUUCACCCCUGCCUCGCUGCACUUUACCCUCGGCUUCAUCUAUACCGGCACGCUCAUCUUCUCACACAGGACCUUUGACCUCGACACCGCGUUCCACAUCAUGCGCUCCGCGACCUAUCUCUCCCUCGACUCUCUGUACGACGAGAUCCAGGCACGCAUUGUCCAGGAGAUGAUGCACGGUCUGUUCCAUGCCUUCCUCGAGUUCUCCGAGUACGAGGCUAUUACCGGCGGCAAAUGGGGUACCGGAGGGUGCCGCUGCCGCCAGUGCGCGCGGCGUGCGCCACGCGUGCUCGAAUUUGCAGUGCUCGACGACGUAAAGAAUGCGCAUCUCGAGCGCGGCGCACGGCGUGCGCUCGUCGGUCUGUUCGGCGAGGGCUGGUGCACCGCCGAGUUUGCGGCGCUCCCGCAGAAGACACGCGACGCGCUGCUCAAGGGCCUCGGCAAGCGUACGACGCCCUUGAAUGUGUUCGCGCUCCUCCAGGCUGCGCAGAGCGCGAUUAAGAAGCUUGAUACCAUGAUCGAUACCUGGACGGAAACCGUGCGCGACAUGGUCGUCGCUGCGCGCAAGACGAUCGACGACGUCGUGUGCUCGCACGCGGCGGAGUGCUUCGAGCUGCCGGAAUGGUCAGAGAUCAUGGAGGCCGACGGCGUUCGUUUCGAGGACGGCGAGAAGGUCGAAAUGUUGCUCGAGUCGAUGCGCAGGGGACUGAACGAGAAGAACGCCGCAAUGGCGUACCAGUCCCUUGUCGAUUUGGUGCUCCUGCGCCCACACCCCACCGACCCAGAGGCAGCGAUGCUCUCGUCUACAUCCCACGUCCGCGUACAGGUAGAACAAGCGCGGAUGGAUAUUGUCCGCUACAUCCGCCGGCGCUGGCUUACCAUCAAGCAAGAAGACGGGUUUGCCGGACUUGAGCCCUGGGCUGCGAAAGAAAUCGCUACCGAAUUGGAGCUCAAGGACGAGACUGAGCUCGUUGGUCCCACCACGCCUACGUCAACAGCCCGAGGGGGACGUCUCACCGUCCGGAAUGGCCCGGUAUCGAAGGCGGAGGAAUCCGACACCGUCAGCAUGCACUCGACGCGCAGCACGGCGACGAGCAGACGUCCGCCAGAUACACUUAAGACCUCGGCCGCAUCCGUCCGGUCCCUUGCGCGCAGCACGCACUCAACUAAUUCGCGCGUCACAACGGCAUCGCACGUCACAACCACCACCCUGUCGCGACGCGUGCCGCUCUCCCCGGGAAGUCUGCGCCCGGACUCGAAGCUCACGCCCGCGCAUUCUACUCCUUCGCCAUCCGCACGCGGGAGCGUCGCCGACUCGGCCCGCGCGAAGUCGCCGCUCUCCCCCAGCCCUAGUCCCGUUCCGAGGAGCAAUAUGUCCACGGCGAGCGUGCGGAAGCCGAGCACGCCCUCGCUACACUCCACCGCGGAGCGCUUUCCGCGGCCCAAGUCCGUCGCGGCGUCCGUCAAGUCCGUUGCAGCCUCCGUCAAGUCCACGCGCUCCACUACGUCGACGAUACGUAAGGGCGCGGCCGGCCCGUCGACGCUCCGGCCCCCGUCGUCCGCUGCGUCGCGACCUGCGUCGACCCUGUCGAACUCGUCGAUGAGCGAAAACUCAACUGCGUUCGAGACCGCGCGGUCGGAGCUCACCGCAAGCAAUGUCACACGGCAGCGACGACUCUCUGCCGCCUCCGCUGUAUCGACGACGAGCGUACGGACGACAGGGACGUCUACACCGCGCAUUCCGAGGCGUCCACCUUCCGUUACGUCGAGGACGACUUCGUCGGUCAGCAAACGCCCGCCGCCAUCACCGGCAGAAUCAGGGAAAACAAGUCCCGUGGCAAAACGCACGGUGUCCACCACCUCAAUCCGCUCGACGAUCUCAAACAAAUCGACCACUACAAGGAAAUCGGUCGUGCGCUCGACGCCCGGCACGCCCUCGACCAAGCCGCCCCUCCCAACAAGGGCGGGCAGCAAGGCGGCACAAGACGAGAACGGUGCGGGAGGCACGAUCAAGUCCAAAGCGAAGUCGCCACCAUCACUCGCGCACGAGAAGCAGGGGAGUGUGGUGUCGUCCACGAGCACGUCCACGCUCAAGCGGAAGAGCUCGGCGGACACGAUUCGCGAGGCCGAGCCCGCGGCGAAGCUCCCGAGUGGGGCAACGCUCGACAUCGGGAUCCCGUGCAUCAUCUCGUCGAAGAAGGCACGCUUCCGCGCAUACGCGCGGUACAUCGGCGAGGUCGAGGGCGAAGCCGGGCCGUGGGUCGGCGUCGAGGUCCCGCUGAACGACGCAUGGCCGGGCGACAAGCUCGACGGACGCGCGUGGCACGACGGGACGUGGGGCGGGAUCCGGUACUUCGACAUCGGGGCGGCGUCGGAGUGGGAGUUUGGGCAGGACACGACGGCACGCCGAAGAAGGAACGAGUGGCUGAGCACCCUCGGGCGCGACAGCAAGACCAGCCUGAAGCGCGAGGGCGACCAGCUGAGCAUCGAGCGGGCGAAGCGGCUGCGGAGCGUGUCGCCGGCGGUGUCGGACAUGUCGUCGGCGGAGUCGCGGGGCCUGUUCGUGCGGCCGCAGCAGGUGCUGUACGUCGUCGACGCGGUCGGGACCGAUCUCUAAACGCUGCCGUUCAUAUCUCGUCAUCUUCGGGCCGGGAGGAAUGGGGACUUUGGGCGGUGCAUGGUGCACACAUCGGUGCGCGUGUGCUUUGUAUGAUUCUCGCUCUACAUCUGCUAUGCAAGUCGAACACUCGCGAUGUCGAUCUGAUACCACUGGUACUAUUCUACUGCAGGCCCCUCCACGGGCAUAGUCGCCGUUGUUGGAAGCUGUAGGCGCACCAUUGUGCAUGCUACUUAUUCCCUAUCCCCCGUCGUCCCGUACGUAUGCUGCUACUCGUUGUACACAACACUCUCAUUUAGUGAACUUAAUCAUGUGUUGAAUAUUCAUCUAACCGUCGAAACC